CACAGCCAGAAGCAAAAAAACUUUUUGGAACGCGAUCUAGCACGCUGGGUUUUUCUGUUCACGCCCUUUUUCUCCGUAAUUAUUCGUGUGUUCGUUCUUGAAACCAUUUGUCCCGUGGAAAGUGUUAAAGGAUCGCUUUUGCUUUAGCAGGCAAACGACGUUCAAGAGUCGAGCUGCAGUUCUGCCGCUGCGCUUUAACGCUUUUCAGAGGAGUAGGAGUCACCGGCGUUCGUUUCCGUUCUUUCGAGCUUGACUCUGAUCGGUGGACUGCCAGGGUUCCGUUUCGCCGUAUCUACGCAUAUUGCCGGGUUCUGGUGGCUAUGGAACAGCAACCGAAGAAGCGUGGACGACCAGCAAAAGCAAGCAAGGAAAACGACCCGUUGGCAACUAUUGAACAGAUCACCGCGAACAUGGAGCCGCUCGUUGCCAAACCGAAGGGUAACACCGCACGCAAAAAGCCGGCCGACGCCGUGAAGCAAAGCCCUGAAUCAAUCAAAGACGCCGUCGCAGAUGUUACAGAGUCGAUUGUGGCGAACGGGGAGGAGAAACCAGCAGUGAAAGCUGGCGGUCGUGCCAAGAAGGAAAAAGUGACGAAGGCGGAGGUGGCCAAGGAACCAAAAGGAAAACGUGUGACGGAGAAAAAAUCGAAAGGAAAGGGAAAGGCUGCGGCAGAAGAAACGCCGGAAGAGGUUGAGCAGGCUCCGGCCGUGUUGCAGGAGGUUCCGUUAGCAGAGGUCGAAAAGAAGGUUCUUGGGAAGGCUGCUAAAGCCGUUAAAGCUGCUGCUGAACCAAAGGAACCCACCGUCGCUAAAACUGGCCGUUCCAAAAAUGAGAAAAACGCCAAGCCUGCUCCAGAGACGAAAAACGAUUCACCAAAAAAAGCCGAAAAGAAACCUGCUGCAGCUAAGCGGGGAAAGAAUGCAAAAGAGAAAACCGCCGAACCAGCAGCGUUGGCCACCGAAGAGAAGAUCGCGGAGGACGCUAACAUUCCCGACGUGACCACCAAGAAAGGUCGCGGAAAAGCUAAGGCGAUCCCUGAAGGUGAAGCAACCGAUGAACUUGUAACGAAGCGCAAACCCAAGGGAAAAGAUAUAUCUCCAGUGGAAACAGCAGAGCCAGUAGAACCGGUUGCUCCUACUAAAGCGGUAGCCAAACUCAUCGGCCGUGGCAAGAAAAAGGCGGAACCGGAGGCAAAUGACGAUGCCCCGAGCGCGGCUAAAUCACCAAGAGUGACGGGUAAAGGGAAGCGCGGUGCUGCCUCUAAGAUGGUCGAUGCUGUCCCCGUCGGCGAGGAUCCAGCUGGAGCAGAGGUUGGUGCGGAGGAGAAGAAAGCCGAAACUAAAGAAAGCCCAACGGCGAGAGGUAAAGGAAACGUACUUUCAAACUUUAUACGCAAAAUUACCCAACGAAAGCGGCGCAAGAUAGAGUCCGAGGAGGAAGCGGAAGUGGAAGAACCAGCAGCAGCACCGAAGGCGACAGCAAAGAAAGGCAAGAAGGCAGCAACGGCGGCCCCAAAAAUGAACAAAUAUGCCACGGACUAUAGCGCGCUCAGCUUUACACCUGAGCGCCCGGAAGUGCUGUGGAACUACAAAAUUUCCAGCUGGAAUGUCGCUGGUUUGCGCAGCUGGGUUGGCAAAGGAGGGUUGGAUUUCAUUGAGCAUGAGCAACCGGAUAUCCUGUGCCUGCAGGAGACGAAGUGUACUGAGGAUCAGCUGCCGGAUGAGGCACGUCAUAUCAAGGGCUACCAUCCGUACUGGUUGUGCAAGCCCGGGGGCUAUGCAGGCGUAGCAAUUUACUCGCGCAAAAUGCCGAUCCACGUAUCGUAUGGGUUGGGUGACGAAGAACAGGAUCAGGACGGUCGGUUGCUGACAGCGGAGUAUGAAAAGUUCUACCUCGUGUGCGUGUACGUACCGAACGCUGGCAACAAGCUGGUCACUCUGCCAAAGCGGAUGCGUUGGGAUGAAAAGUUCCAUCAGUAUCUGCAGGAGCUUGAUAGCAAAAAGCCAGUCAUACUCUGCGGUGAUAUGAAUGUGGCGCACGAGGAGAUCGAUUUGGCGAAUCCAAAGACCAACAAGAAGAAUGCCGGAUUCACGCAGGAGGAACGGGACGGUUUGAGCAAAUUGCUUUCGUUCGGCUUUGUCGACACAUUCCGCCAGCUGUAUCCGGAUCGCAAAGCCGCCUACAGUUUCUGGACGUACAUGGGUGGUGCUAGGGCUAAAAACGUUGGCUGGCGGCUGGACUAUUUCAUCGUUUCCCAGCGAUUCGCGGACAAAGUGACCGACAACGUAAUGCGAUCGAAGGUUUAUGGUAGCGAUCACUGUCCAGUUACCCUGUUUUUAAACCUCUAAACACGUCGCUCGGGAGGGGAUUCUGUGCUUUGUGUUAUGAAAGUAUUUUAUGUUGUGUUUUUAUUGUGCUAGACUACUGGCAGUUUAUGGUACUCCCAUACAUUUAUAUAUAUACGAUUUUUUGUUGCAAAAACUCAACCUUUUUUCUGCUACGUUUGAAUUCGUUUGUAAAUCUCCUCGGCGAGAGAUAGAUAAGUACUUUUGAGAUGAGUCUCAUAAUAGCUUACUUGAAGGUGUUUAGCCGCUUCGCAUAGUUUACUCAACUCUGACGAAAUGAUUAGUGCCCCCCAGCGGUGCGAGACUUGCAUAAUUAUUUCUCAUUCCGUUUUUUCUAGCUACU